CAACAAAAAGUGUCGCAUUUUUCUUAGAGUACGUUGAUAUAGCCCACAAAAAUAUUGUUAAAAUAAUAUAUAAUAUUCGAAAAACAAACAAUAAAUGUACUUAACAAACGCCAUUCUUAAUUUCGUUCUCGGGUUUGCAACACACAGUUUUAAACAAAGCAAACAUAAUCGAAGCACCCAGAGUGUAUUUGUUAACGCGUAUUGGACUUGCGGUUGAUGUUGCGGUGCACCAGUGCAGUGCUGCUGGAAAAACUAGGUGUGAAAAUGGCGAAAAUCAAUAACAAAGCAAAAUAAAUAAAGUGCACACGGAAAGUGGCUUGCAGCAGCAGAGCGGGAAGAGGCAAAUUCAUCGCAAAAGUGAGAGAAAUCCAAGUGCGUGAUGAAACGAAACGAAUAGGAAUAGGAAUAAGAAUAGUGAGUACAAAGGAGACGCAGGAGAAAAGUGCACCGUGUGCGUGUGUGUUUGGGUUUGUGUGGGAAAGGAAGCCGCCAACAAAUUUCGGUGCAAUCGCUGCAGACGUCGACGCUGGCGUCUUUUUUUACGUGACGCGAAUUAAAUGUGCUGCUUACAGUAGUGCUCUCUUUCUUCAUCCAAUCCCGCUCUUGCGCUUGUAAUUAAUUCCGUUUCUGCCGCCGCUGCGAAUAGGGUCAAAAUAAAACACGUAAAAAAUACAUCCAAAUGCUGGCCGGUUUUCUUGUUUGCGGUUAAAACAGUGCGCAGUGAUUCAUACGGUUUCGGCGUUCGUUAUUGUUGGCCAGAGAGGUAGCAGCAGCAGCAGAGGUACAGAGCUACAAAAACAACACUGCCGUGCAUUGAACCGUCGACGGCGACGCUGACGGCAGGCCCGACUGCAACGCAACGGUUUCCUGCUGAAAACAUUGUCAUACGAGCAGAGUAGAGCAGACACGCAGCGACGGAAGCAGAGGAAGGAGCAGUAGUAGUAGGAGCAGCAGAGGACGCAGCAACAUGGACAACAUUCGAGCAGUCGUCGAGUACGAGUAUGCGGCCAAGGAGCAGGACGAGCUGGAUCUCCGCAAAGGUGCCAUCAUCCAUCACAUCCAGCAGAUGCCCGGCGGCUGGUGGAUGGGCACACUCAAGGCCACCGGCAAGACGGGCAUGUUUCCGGAUAAUUUUGUCCGUGUCCUCGACACCAAUGGCAGCACCAAUGGCAACGGCGAGCAUAUCGACGAUGGCACAGCCGUGCAGUUGAGGGACAAAUCAGAGACAUCGAAUCGGCGCGUUAAAGUCGUCUACAGCUACACACAAGUCAACGACGACGAACUGACGCUGACGAUGGGUGAUGUCAUUGAAUUCCUAGGGGAGGUCGAGGAAGGCUGGUGGCGCGGACGUUUGCGCAGCAAAGUCGGUGUCUUCCCAUCGAACUUUGUGAGACUUAUCGAACCAUCGCCCAUACUGGCCUCCAAGCGUCCGCCGACGAUUGGUGCCACGGUGACCACUUCAUCGCUGACUGCCAAGGCGGCAAAUGUGGCAGAAACGACAGCAGCGGCAGCAGCAACCGCAGCCGGUGCAGCCCCAACAACGAAGCAAACGACCAAGAGCAGAGGCACUGCCUCGAGUGCAGCAGCACCAGUAACGGUUCCAGCUCCCGUUGCAGCCCCAAUCAUAGUCCCACCCCCAGCAGCAGCAGUAGCCCCAGCUGUACCAGAACCUGCACCCAUGCUGCCGCCAAAGCCAUCGCGACUAUGCCGCGUGGAGUUCCCCUAUGCACCGAUGAACGAGGAUGAGCUGGAGCUCAAAGUGGACGAUAUCAUUACGGUCAUAAGCAUGGAGCUGCCGGACAAGGGCUGGUGGAAGGGCGAGAUCCAUGGCAAGGUCGGAGUCUUUCCGGAUAACUUUGUCAAGAUGUUGGAAGCAGCUCCUUCCAUGCCACCGCCACCGCCGCCGCGUCCCCGUGCCCGACCCCGAGCUGGCACUGGAGCUGGAGCCUACUCAGACCGUGCCCCACCACGGACGCAGCGCGGCGGCUCUUUCGAGUUCUUGGGCGCGCGUAUGGCCAGCUUUAUCACCACAAUUUUUGCUCCCAUUAACGAGCCAGCCACGACACAGCCACUGCCGCAGCAGCAGCAGCAGCAAUCCCAGAAGAAGAUCAGCAAAAGCAUUGCCAACGCCACCAGCCACAUGACCACAACGAAUUCGAGCAACUCCAGCAGCAGCACCACGACGGUGAGCAGCAGCCAGCAGCGGGAACAGGUGCGGGAGCAGACCACCAACUCGACCACAUCGAAGGUGUACAUCAAGAAGACGGGCAGCAGCUCACAGAGCAGCAGCUCCUCGGGCCGCAAGGAGAGCUUCGGGUCGCGCGACUCCCUCAACGACAUACUCAGCGAGACGGGGCUGCCCAGCGGCAAUGUGGCCGCCCAGCGCAAGUCCCUGGAGACCAAGAACCUUGACCUGACCAAGCAGCCGGGCCAGCAGAAGAGCGCAGCCACAACGGCGGCACUCAGCAAGAGCAUGGAGAGCCUCGAUGAGAAAGUCAAGUCGCCGCCACCGCCAGUGCUGAGCAAGAAGCCCAGUGUGCCGCUUAAGAAGACGCCCACAGGUGGAGUGCCCGUGACAGGCAACAUCUUGGGCGGCAAAAAGAAGAGCAAUCCCGAGGGAAAGCUCACCAGCGCCGUGUCCCACGAUCUGGCCGAUGGUCUUGCAGCGAGCAAACUGAUUGCCGGACAUCUGCCCGAGCAGGGAGUCGCUGGCAAUCUGGUGAUCCGUAGAGCGGCUACCAUAGCCGGAGAGGAUGUGGAAUUCGACCUCGUGGAGCGUGCCUCCAUGCUGCCCGAUAUGAGGGCAGGGCGCGUGAAAGCGCCAAAGCGGAGACCACCUUCGGCGGCCAUCAAUGUGCUGGGGGAGAGCAACAACAAUUCGGUGUACGUGAACGGCAGCGGGAUGGCCGGCACAGGCGGCAGUGCCAGCGAGCUGAGCGAGGAUGGCGGCAGGCAGGCGGCCUCCUCCGACGAUAAUUCGACGGGCGAGGAGCAGCUGGCAAAACCGAAGCCACGCGAGUGGGAGAAGAAGAAGGCGCCCUGGAUGGAGGAGCUGAAGGCCUCCCAGGUCACCCGCAAGAAGACCUCCCCGAGCGUCGAGCCGCGAGGUGCCUCUGUGGCCGAGCGGACUUCCAAGCUGUUUGCCGCCGAGCAGGUGGCAGCCACCGCCAGUGUGGUCUCCAGCAGUGCCACGAGUAGCAGCAACGGCAGUCAGCAGAGCAGCAGCACCACCACGAAAGUGCAAUCCUCGGCGGUGACAUCGUCCAGCAUACUGCAGCAGUCGAUGAUCGUGGAGAGCAGCAGCCGGAAAGAGUCGUCGGCGAUUACCAGCAGCAGCAUCAGCUCUGUGGCCACCAGCACCGAUGCAGCCAUGUCUCGCAGCCUUUCGGCAGCCAAGGCGGCGGCCAGCGAUGAGGAGACGCGAGCGCCACGCCCCAACAGUCUCUCCAUACGGAAUCGAAGCGUCUCGCCGCUGGUCAAGACCUCCAAUGUCACGCAGGUGCAGUCCCAGACGCAGGAGGAGAAGACAGCCACCAGCAGCAACAGCACUGUUCAGCAGAUAAACGCGAGUCCAGCCCCCGCCCAGCAGCUCAGCACUCACCAAGAGUCAGCGCCAGCUUCAGCGGCACAGCUCGAGCAGCGGGUGGACAAGCUGGAGGCCAUGGUGCAGACACAGCAGCGGACCAUCGAGGAGUUGGUGCGGUCGCUGCGAGAGGAGACGGACCGCGUGAAGCUGCUGAGGAGCGAGUUGGACAAAUACGCCCAGUGCGUGACGCAAGUUUGAGCCUGAGUUUGAGCCGAACGUUGAUUGUUGUGUUAGCUGCUCGUUUUAGCCCUGCCCAAGUCCCCACAGACCCUGUAUGAGAUUUCAGUAGUUAAAAUCGCAUUUUAGCUAGCUUUAAUCGUAUGAUUUUUGUAUCUAUCUAUCUGUCGUGCUGUCGGCUAGACGUUUUAGAACCUCUACAUUCCAAGUGCGUAGAACGUAGUAGAACGAACCCAAGACAAUCCCAAAUAUCGUAUAAAAACUCUUGUACUCUGUACUUACACCAUGAUCCCAUGGAGAUGCCACAGAAAAAUGUCACCAUCCACCAUCCUGUAAGCGCCCCACACACUCUUCCAUCGAUCCAAGCCAUUUUGUGUUGAUUUGUGCAUGCGAAGAUACCGAUACCAUAUCCCAUGUAUAUCUGAUAAUUUCGAUAAGUAUUUUUUUAUAUACAAUACAUUCGUAAUCCCAGAGGAACGAAAGGAGAAGGAGAAGCCGGAGGUGCUGGUGCUGGUGGGCACUGUGUGAUUUCUUUUAUCUGGAGCUGCUUUCAAUUGCAAUUUGUUUUGUUUAUACGAUUUAUGAUUAUUUUAUGAUGUAUUAAAGUUAUGAGUAAACACACACUGUACUAUAAACUAUACUAAA